AUGCAGCAACCCAAGGGCAACAAUUCCAAUAGUCCCAUGCAAGUUUCGGCCCCCUCCGACAAUUCAAUCGUUACUCGUCGUAAGGCUCAGUAUCUUUCGCAACAAGGAGCCUCCAAAAUUACUUUACCUAGCGAAGGCUACGUGAUGCGAUCCGAGUUAAGGGAGAUUAUCCGCGAGGAGGUACAACUUGCUGUCAGAGAGUGUAUGUCCGAAAUAAACAUAUCCUUGACAAGUACUCUCUCUAAAAUUAAUGAACAAAUAUCUACAUUCCAAGAAUCUAUGAACUUUCUUAACGGCGAAAUUGAAAAGCUAAAAAGCGAUAUAAAAACUUGUCAAAGUGACAUCACGUCGUUUAAAGAAGAGAAACAGGCCUGCACCAGUAUGGGUACACUUUCUAAUAAAAUCAUGGAGAUCGACCAAAUAAUGCGAGCCGCCAAUAUCGAGUUACAGUGUGUACCUGAGCAUAGAGGUGAAAACCUUGCGUCCCUGACGAAGCAGUUGGGCCGUACGGUUGGCUGUCUAAUAAACGACACCGACAUUUAUUAUUGCUCGCGAACAGCGAAAAUGAACCCCAACAGCACGCGUCCUAGAUCGAUAUUGGUCAAACUAAGCUCUCCACAGUUGAGGGACUCGCUCCUUGCUUCCGUGCAGAAAUAUAAUAAGGCACAUCCACAAAAUAAACUUAAUACGAGCGAUCUUGGUAUAGCUGCAAAAAGUUGUACCCAAAUCUACGUUGUCGAAAAUCUAUCUCCCGAAAACAAAUCCUUGCACGCUGCAGCCAGACUUCGAGCUAAAGAACUUAACUAUAAAUUUGUAUGGGUGCGUGCCGGCAGAAUCUUUAUGAGAAAUUCUGGUUCUGAAGAUAAUAAUGUUGAUGAUUGCAUGUUUAACAACACUUUAAGCAAGGUUCACUUUCAAGAAAGGGAAGUCUUCACUGUGCUUAAAGAGUUGGACAAAACUAAAGGAGCGGGUGGUGAUGGCGUGCCGGCUAUAUUUUUAUCUAACUGUGCUAAAAGUUUAUCAUACCCCAUUUGUAUCCUAUUUAAUAAGUCAUUACAGGAGUGUACUUUCCCAAAUAUCUGGAAACAGGCUAAUAUUGUACCAGUUUAUAAAAAGGGCCUUAAAAAUUUAAUUAUCAACUAUCGUCCUAUUUCCAUCCUUAAAACACUAAGUAAACUAAUGGAACUACUUGUUUACAGAAGGAUUUAUCCCAUUAUAAAACAAGGUAUUUCAGAAAACCAGCAUGGUUUCUUGAAAUCACGUUCUACUACGUCUAAUCUUGCUAUAUUUUCUGAUGAUGUUUUUAACGGUAUGGAGCACUCUGGUCAGGUCGACGUGAUCUACACAGACUUUGAAAAGGCAUUUGAUCGUGUAGAUCACGCCAUCCUACUAUACAAGCUUAACAAGCUAGGAAUCCAUGGAGAUCUUCUCAGGUGGAUACAGUCUUACCUGAAAAAUCGUUCCCAGGCUGUUACCAUUGGCGGUCAUCGAUCCAACUACAUCGAAAUCCCAUCCGGUGUGCCCCAGGGUUCACACCUUGGACCUUUAUUUUAUUGUGCUUACUUAUAUGAUAUAGACAAAUGUUUACAGAAUGCGAAACACUUGAUGUAUGCUGACGACACUAAGAUAUACAUGACAAUAAGUAAUCUUAACGAUUGCAAAUUGCUACAAAUGGACUUGGAUUCACUAUAUGAUUAUUAUAUAAAAAACAGAAUAUCCGUCAAUAUUAAGAAGUGUCACUGUAUAAGCUUUACGAAGAAGAAGGACCCUAUUGUAUACCCUUACAAAUUCGAAAACGUGGCUGUAGAACGAGUUGACGAAAUUCGCGAUCUUGGUGUUAUAUUCGAUUCUAAAAUGUAUCAACAAAACAAGUUUCUAGACGUCAAAGUAUUGGUACUUGAUACACAGUUUAAAGGUUCUUAUCACUCUUGA